AUGGAUAAUGUUCUUCUCGCCAUUAGGAUGAACGCCUCGAUGCUGUCGGUACAACUGAUUCAUAAUCACAUGUGGAAGUAUGUUUCUAUACCAGACAGUUGGCGAAGUAAGAAUUACGCCUUUGAGUUUGUUGAAGCAAUCAACGAGGUGGUUGUAAAGAACAUACUGACAGAACUUCGAGUAGCAUCGUUCCACACGCUUAUAGUUGAUGAAAGUACUGACAUAACUGUACAUAAAAUGCUAAUCCUUUAUUUUAAAUUUCGUCCAGUCAAUUCUUUAUUCUACAAAACCGUUUUUGGUGGGAUAAUUCAGCUUACUGCAUGUGAUGCCUCAGCUCUGGAGGCAGCCAUAACACAGUACUACACUGAACACCAACUUGAUAUGAACCGCAUGGUAAUGAUAACAUCAGACGGGGCAUCGGUUAUGUUAGGCCGUAGGAAGGGAUUAGCUGCUUUACUGAAGGCUAAGGUACCCCAUCUUGUUGAACAGCACUGUGUUGCUCAUCGAUAA